GAAUUGUCACACCAAAUGGAGAACAAGGAUCUCCAAGUCCAGCUUUCAACCAAGCAAGGUUUUCCAGAAGAACUUCCAUCUCUUUUGAAGUGUAUUACCUCCCAAACAAUUGCUGGUUUUGACAGUGUUGAGUGUGGUGGGAUGAAUUAUCAAACUCAGUUGGUUACCAUUCCUAAUCCUCAAGAAGAUGCAACUGCUGGCAAAGGAUUGGAAGCUGCUGAGCUUCAUGGCCAGGUGAAUGUUAUUUUUGGGCCUCCACCAUCUUCACCAGUUGAAGCAACUGAUUGCCAUGAGCCGCAUGCUAUUUCUGUCAGCAUGCCAGCUUCUCCUUCUGGACUUCAUAUUGUGCAAGCUAAAAAAGUCUUAUUCAUUGACAAAGCUGGACCAACUGCCAUUGAUGGGCAACCAAAUCAACCUUCUGACUCUGAUUCCAUCAACUCACGGCAACCACAACAGGGGAAGUUUCAUUCUCAACCCAUAUCAGCAGGGAAUUCAUGUGGCAAGCCAACAGAGGGAAAAGUUAGUGAUCCAUUUGAGAGUCAGUUGAGGAUACCCAGAAAUGAUAGUCAGAGGGACAAACGGUUUGAUCCAUUCAAGACAUGGUCUGGAAAGCUUGAAAGGCAAUUAUCAAAUUUACGUGGAAAGCCACAGGAACCAGAUUUGGAAGCUGCUAAUGAUUGCCAUAGUGCCGAAAAUGAGACCGUGCCUGCUGUUGAUCGCUACUUCGAUGCCUUAGAAGGACCUGAAUUAGACACUUUAAGGGCAACAGAGGUGUCGGUUCUUCCUGAAGACAAGAAGUGGCCUUUCCUUCUUCGUUUCCCAAUUUCUUCUUUUGGUAUGUGCCUUGGUGUGAGCAGCCAAGCUAUCUUGUGGAAGACCUUAGCCAUAUCUCCAUCUAUGAGUUUCCUACAUGUAAGCUUGACUGUCAACCUCGUACUCUGGUGCAUCUCUCUUGCACUGAUGGCAACUAUAUUCCUCAUUUACUUUUUGAAAAUCAUCUUCUUCUUUGAAGCGGUUCGAAGGGAAUACCAUCACCCAAUCCGUGUCAAUUUCUUCUUUGCUCCUUGGAUAGCUUGUCUUUUCUUGGUACUUGGUCUGCCACCAUCAGUUACAGUUAAUGUUCAUGCUGCUAUCUGGUAUGUUCUAAUGGCUCCUAUCUUUUGCCUUGAGCUCAAAAUUUAUGGUCAGUGGAUGUCUGGGGGCCAACGAAGGCUCUCAAAGGUGGCAAAUCCAUCAAACCAUUUAUCAAUCGUGGGAAACUUUGUGGGUGCAUUGCUCGGCGCAUCAAUGGGACUUAAAGAAGGGCCUAUUUUCUUUUUUGCUGUUGGAUUAGCUCACUAUACAGCUUUUGUAACUCUGUACCAGAGGCUUCCUACAAAUGCAACACUCCCGAAGGAGCUUCAUCCAGUAUUUUUCUUAUUUGUAGCAGCACCCAGUGUUGCUUGCAUGGCGUGGGCAAAGAUUCAUGGGGACUUUGACUAUGGGUCAAGGAUAGCUUACUUCAUUGCCAUGUUCCUCUAUGCUUCUCUGGCCGUGCGAAUUAAUUUUUUCCGAGGUUUCAGGUUCUCACUGGCAUGGUGGGCAUAUACGUUUCCAAUGACCGGUGCUGCAGUUGCAACCAUCAAGUACUCAAUGGAAGUGACAAAUGUAUUAACUCAGUCACUUUCUGUUGGGCUCUCCGCAAUCUCUACCUUCACAGUAACAGCUCUGCUGGUGUCCACCAUUAUUCAUGCUUUUAUCCUCCAUGACCUCUUUCCCAAUGACAUCUCUAUUGCUAUCACACAGAAGAGACCAAAGUUCAGUAAGAAGCUUGCACAUCUGAGGUCAGCAAGCUCAGACAUGAAAGACAUAGAAGCAUCUCUUCCCAAAAACAAUCCAGAGCUAGAGCUUUGAAUUUUUUGGCAUAUUCACACUUUCGGUGCAUUAUGUUCUGUCGGAUCCUUAUCUGCCACAAGUGAAUUAAAGAUCUGAAAAAAUGUUCUGCUACUCUGUUAUAUGAACCAUGUGCAGAUAAUCUGGAGAUGAAGACAGUAUCAUGAGCACUCUGUAUAGGAUAGAAUUUGUUCAUUAAAGAAGUGUGUUUAUUUGUUGGUUCAAGUAAGUCUUAUAGUCGGCUCCUGUCAUUGUAUGACUUUGGUAAAUUAGUCAAUGUAUGUUCUCUAAGUCUAUGGAGAAACGUAUGAACUUUUCUCCACCAUCUGUCCUUGGUUGGUGGGCGUUCAUUUGUUGUCUAUUAUUGAAGAGUUGAACUUUAUCAUCAGACAUCGUCAAGGCCGUGUGAGUUAAUCGCAUGAUGUAUCAUCUACUAGAAUUACAUGAAAUUUAUUCAUUAUUCCUUCUUUA